CUGGCCAAUCGGCACCCGGGGAGAUCCGGUCACGUGAGAAAAUCCCCCUGGUCUGGGUUACCAUGACGACGAGCACUGGUCCAGGCAGCAUCUUGCCGUGGUGAGAAAAGAGGAGGGGAAGAAGGCGGGAGGAGAGGCAGAAAAGAGACGGCUGGGGGAAAGGGGAGGGAGGAAAACAGAAGAGAACAAAUCCCAGCCGGAGGAAUACCUUUUUUUUGGAUCAUCAGCUUCUGUCUGUCAGCCGUCUGCACCUACAGUACAAACGAAGAUGCCUGAGGCCUGAGUUAAAAAGCCCUCCACCAGAGAGCGUGUGUUCCAGGGCGCGGGCUGGGACCCAGAGAGCCCUGCCUCGGGGCUGAAGGGCCCCCUCGCAGCCCUGCGUAAGUCUGGACCAUGGGGGAUGGAGGUGCUGGUGCCACCGGAGGAAACGGGGCGAAUCGGUCCCACGUCCUGUUCGACAGCUUCGUCCAGGCGUCCACGUGCAAGGGCACGCUCAAGGCCUUCCAGGAGCUGUGCGACCACACAGAGGUCAGGCCCACGGAGCACCGGGUCUUCUAUCACAAGCUCAAGUCCAAGCUCAACUACUGGAAGGCCAAGGCGCUCUGGGCCAAGCUGGACAAGAGGGCCAGCCACAAGGAGUACAAGAAGGGUCGCGCCUGUGCCAACUCAAAGUGUCUGAUCAUCGGUGCGGGGCCAUGCGGCUUACGUACCGCCAUCGAGCUGGCCUUCCUGGGGGCCAGAGUGGUGCUGCUGGAGAAGAGAGACGCCUUCUCCAGGAACAACGUGCUGCACCUCUGGCCCUUCACCAUCCAGGACCUCAGGGGCCUCGGGGCCAAGAAGUUCUACGGGAAGUUCUGUGCCGGUGCCAUCGAUCAUAUCAGUAUUCGUCAGCUCCAGCUGAUGCUGCUCAAAGUGGCUCUCCUCCUGGGCAUUGAGAUCCAUGUCAACGUAGAGUUCAAGGGUCUCAUUGAGCCCCCCGGCGAUCAAGAAACUGAAAGGAUAGGCUGGAGGGCUGAGGUCCACCCCAGGACGCACCCUGUCAACGAGCUGGAGUUCGAUGUCAUCAUCGGAGCAGACGGAAGGAGAAAUACCUUACCAGGGUUUGGGCGUAAGGAGUUCCGGGGCAAGCUCGCGAUCGCCAUCACCGCCAACUUCAUCAACAGGCACACGUCGGCGGAGGCAAAGGUUGAAGAGAUCAGCGGUGUGGCCUUCAUCUUCAACCAGAAGUUCUUUCAAGACCUCCGAGAAGCCACAGGUAUUGACCUGGAAAACAUCGUUUACUACAAGGAUGACACGCACUACUUUGUGAUGACUGCCAAAAAGCAGAGCCUGUUGGAGAAAGGAGUCAUUCUGCAUGACUAUGCGGACACAGAGAUGCUGCUUUCCCGAGCUAACGUAGACCAGGCCGCCCUGCUCUCUUACGCCCGAGAGGCUGCGGAUUUCUCCACCAGCCAACAGCUGCCCACACUGGACUUUGCCAUCAACCACUACGGCCAGCCGGAUGUGGCCAUGUUCGACUUCACCUGCAUGUACGCCUCGGAGAACGCCGCCAUGGUGCGCCAGCGCAACGGCCACCAGCUGCUGGUGGCGCUGGUGGGCGACAGCCUGUUGGAGCCCUUCUGGCCCAUGGGCACCGGCAUCGCCCGAGGUUUCCUGGCGGCCAUGGACUCAGGCUGGAUGGUGAAGAGCUGGGCUCAAGGAAAAACCCCACUGGAGGUGCUGGCUGAGAGGGAGAGUAUCUACCGCCUGCUGCCCCAGACCACAACGGAAAACAUCAGCAAGAACUUCAAUCAGUACUGCGUGGAUCCGACCACGCGCUACCCCAACAUAAGCCUUAACUUCCUUAAGCCCAGCCAGGUUCGGCAUCUCAUCGACACGGGGGAGUCGAGGGAAAUGCGCAUAGAAAUAGAGAACGUUAUCAACUCGUCGACGCCCAAGUUGGCCAGGAAUGAAAAUUGCCUGCUUGACAAGCAGUCGCAAGAAUCCAUCGCUCGAUCUAGUAAGCUGCUCAACUGGUGCCAGAGACAAACGGAGGGAUACAGGAAUGUUAAAGUCACAGACCUCACCAUGUCCUGGAAGAGCGGUCUGGCCCUGUGUGCCCUCAUCCACCGGUAUAGACCGGAUCUCAUUGACUUUGACUCGCUGGACGAGCGCGACCAGGAAAAGAACAACCAGUUGGGCUUCGACGUGGCGGAGAAGGAGUUUUGCAUAUCGCCCUGCAUGACUGGCAAGGAGAUGUCUUCCGUGGUGGAGCCAGACAAACUCUCCAUGGUCAUGUACCUCAGCCAGUUUUAUGAGAUGUUCAAGGACACAGUGCCACCCGGAGAUAAGCAAAACAUGAGUCCGGAGGAGAAGGCAGCACUGAUAGCCAGCACCAAGUCUCCCAUCUCGUUCCUCAGCAAACUGGGUCAGAGCAUAGCGAUAUCCAGGAAACGGAAUCCAAAGGACAAAAAAGAGAAGGAUGUGGACGGUUUGGGGAAGAGAAGGAAAACCAGUCAGUCUGAAGAUGAGGAAUUAUCCAGGGCCAGUCGUGACGACAGGCCGUGCGUCCCCGCUCUCCAGUCUGAGAGAAAAAUGGACUGUGCCGCUGUGGGGAACCACAACAAAGUCAAGGUCAUGGCCACCCAGCUGCUCGCCAAGUUCGAGGAGAACGCCCCUGCCCAGCACUCAGGACUCAAACGACAGGGGGACUCGCUGCCCAAUCUGGACCGCCUUUUGCCCCCCUCCCCGCCCCGGCCCUCUGUGAAAGAGCCGGUGCGCCUGGCACCUGUUCCCGCCUGGAGAAAGAGACGCACACAGCAGCAGGAGCAGCUGAGCAUUCGCUACAAAGAAAUGAUCAAGUGUCAGACGCUGCCCGGUAAAGGGGGGGAGCAGGCCAGAAGUGGCGCGGACCCACUGUCCAGCUCGGGCUCUCGGAGUUGCCCAAAGAAAACCAUUCUGCUCCCUUCUUCCUCCUCCACUUCCUCGCUCUCUCUUCACUCAGAGCAUUUCAGCAAAAGUGAGGAGGAAGAGGAGCUUGAAUACUACGAAAGGCCUCUGAAACACGGGGAGUGGGAGCCUCUGCAGCCGACAGACCCGGGACCCAUUCACAUACCUGGUAUACAGGAGAGGGCCGACCGCCUGGUGUCACGGUUUAAGGACAAACCUGACAAGCUGCCGAAGCCCAAGAAAAAGCCGUCCCGCUUCUUUUUAGAGCGGUGGUACUUGUCCCGAGGCCUAACAGAGAGUCCAGUAUCCUCUCCUGACUCCUGUAGAAAGGAGUCAGCAGGGCCCCUGCACUCUGACGACCCAACGCCCUUAUAUGGGCUUAGUAUUCAGGAGAGGGCCGAGCAACUUGCCGCUCAGUUUGAGCGCAAGCCGCCAGUUGGACCACAGAAAAAACCCUCUUGUUUAUUUACGGAACAAUGGCACCUGGCCCGAGCCCAGACUCCGCCCGGCUCGCCCCCCUCGUCCUCUGACGCCCUCCGACAGCGCUAUGUAAGGAUGUACACGGGGGGAGUUAGCUCACUGGCUGAGCAGAUAGCCAGUCAGCUUCAGUCUCAGGAAGACCCCAAGCCCCUGCCUGAAAAGAGGGAUUUGGGCUCCCUGAGAAAGGAUUUCCCGGUCAACAUCGGCGGCAGCGACGUCUGCUUCUUCUGUCGAAAGCGCGUGUACGUGAUGGAGAGGCUGAGCGCCGAGGGGAAGUUCUUCCACCGCAGCUGCUUCAAGUGCGACUACUGCAACACCACACUGCGACUGUCCUCUUAUGCCUUCGACGUGGAGGACGGGAAAUUUUACUGCAAGCCGCACUACUGUUACCGACUGUCUGGCUACGCCCAGAGAAAGAGGCCUGCUCCCUCCCCUGCUCCAAUCACAGCGAAGGAGAACCUGACGCCCCAGUCCUCCCCAUCGGCCGUAGACGCCCCAGGAAGGGCGAUGGCAGCGGCGGCCCCCUCGUCCGAGCUCCAGCCCUCAGUGCCGGAGGUCAACGGACUGCAGGAGCCGAGCCUGGCCAAGCGCCUGCGUGGCACUCCGGAGCGCAUCGAGCUGGAGAACUACCGCCUGUCGCUGCAGAGGGAGGAGGAGCUGGAGGAGGUGCCCGAGGAGACGCUGGCCGAGCACAACCUCAGCAGUGUGCUGGACAAGGCCACAGACGCCGACCUGGGCUCCAGUAGCUCAGAGUCAGACAUGGAGGAGGAGGAUGAGCAGGAGGACCAGGACCUGGAUCAGGAUCAGGAGGAGGAGGAGGCGGAAGACCAACAGCUUGCCAGCCCCUCGGACCUCGGCGGCGUUCCCUGGAAGGAGGCGGUGGAGCUCCACGCCAAGCUGAGGGGCGACCCCGGCGACGAAGACGACGAGGAGGGAGAGGGAGAGGGGGAGCACGAUGCUCUGGGCGACGCGGCCAGCAGGAACGGCGAAUUAGAUGAAGAAGAAGAGGAGGAGGAGGAGGAGGAUGAAGAUGACGAGGAGUCGAGCGAUGAGGGGGAUUACUGCCCCUGGGACAAAGAGCUCCAGUCCGGCCUCUGGCUGGAGAAGUACCUCACAGACGAAGAGGAUGUUGGUACAUUUAAAGCCAGGAACCUGCCGCUCCAACAGGUCCUGCAGCCGGUGGAUCCCCAGGCCAUUCCAGGUCUGGUGCGAACACACCGCGACCCUGAGGGAGACAAGGAUGGCCGGCCGGCCUCGGCCUCCCAACUCUCCCAUCCCUCUGAGCUCACACAGCCCUCCUCCGCAGCACCUGCCCACACAUCCGCCCGACACGAGGCAGUGAGAGUCUGGUUGGAGUCCAUGUCUGGAGAACCGUGUGAGGACGAAGACCUGGAGGCAGAAGCCAACAGCCCAGAUAUGGAGCCCGGAACAGAGAUGGACCAGGACGACAUCCCUUCAGACGCAGAAGCCGAGUCUCGUCUGCACCAGUCGGAGGACGCUGGAGCACUUCCUGAAGAAGACAAGAAAUCUGAGAGUGUGGGAGUGUCCUCCGGCGUUGAACCCUCCAGCAUCAGCCCGAUGCAGAAGGAUGUUGUCCUCUCACCUCUCGAACCGCCACCAGAGCCUGAGACACAGAUACUUCUUGUGAAGUCGCCCGGCACUCGCUUUUUCUCGGAUCCGUUCAUACCCGAGGAAACGACGGCCGAGAGGACAGCUCCUUCCCCGGCUGCCAGGAGCCCGCUGUGCCCUUCGCCCGUCCCUUCUCCUCCUGCUGCUGCCGCUGCUGCCGCUUCUCCCGUCAAUGUCUCUGCCGCAUCGCCUCCCAGUUCGCCCACCAGAUCGCCUGUCGCCUCCCCACUCAAGCCUGCAAUCAAGUCCCCCGUCAGAUCCCCCGUCAGGUCUCCCGUUAGCCCACCGAUCCGCUCCCAGCCCACCCCCCUACCGGAGACGCGCACUCCUAUAUCUCCCGUCUACCCUCACCGCUCCAUUUGCCCUCUCACGGGUAACCCCCUCUCCCCAAUCUGUGCGCAGCCGUUGCCUUGUCACGAACCGUCGUCGCCGCUCACCUCGGAUUCUCCCGUCAGAACUCAGCCUGUCCCCGCGGUCACCUCCACGCCCAUGGGCCAGACUGACAGGGGCACGCCGGAGCCCUCAAAGUCUAUAGAUUCCUCGACGGAGGAAGCUAAGAAGACCGAUAUCAUCGAGGAAUUUUGGCAAAAGAGCGCCGAGAUAAGGAAAAGCCUCGGCCUGACUCCUUUGGAUCGCAGUAGCAAAAUCUUCGAAAAGAGCGUCGUUAAGGAGGCUCCGUCGCAGGACCCCACCCCUGUCAAGGCACCAGGUGUGUCAGAGGAGCAGAAGCCUGCCUUUACUGGCCGCGCUGUCAUUCGCAGGCUCAACAUCACUCUCGAGGGUCAGGUAAUUACGCCCGUUGCCCCUGCCGAGCUCAAGAGUAAUGGCUCUGAUAAGAGGGACCUCAGCAGCAGCUCUGGCUUGGGGUUGAACGGCAGCAUGGCCACGAGUCAGACGGCGAACAGCGACAGCUACACCAUGUCCGACUCCACGAUGCUCACCCCGCCCUCCAGCCCGCCGCCACCCGUGCCUGCAAAUCAGUCUCCAGCCGUGUUCAGGCAGCAGAGACACCAGGUGUCCUGGAGCAACGGAACAGAAAGACUUCCACCGGAGCGCGUCAAAGAGCCACAAAAAUCCAGGACUCCUGUUCCCGCGCCGCGGACCCAGCUGAGCCCCGCGUCUCAGCCCAAGCCUGCGCCCAGGAAAGUGCCAUCGCCCCAGGCAGCUGCGGAAGCGGCUCCCGAAGUGGCUCCCGAUGCGGCUCAUGAAGCAGCUCCAGUGGUCGUCAUGAGGGUGAAGAAGAAGCCCCGGUCGGAGGAGGUGAGGAAGUCGUUUGUGGAGACGGUGGAGGAGAUUCCGUUUGCCGAUGACGUGGAGGAGACGUACGACGAGCGGACGCCGGAAACGAGCAUGAACAGGUAUUACACUCCACCCACCAGCAAGCCCAGCAGAGUGAAACCUCCUCUGCAUCUGGCGCUGGCAAUGGAGAACGGUAAACCCAACAUCCCGGCUUCUAAGGCACAGAGGGCGACUCAAUUCUCUCCAGAGGCCAAGGAGAUCGCCGAGGAGAGAAUCCGGGCCAGAGAAAAGUCUGUCAAGAGCCAGGCGCUGAAGGAGGCCAUGGCCAAGCAGCUGAACAGAAUGAAAGAAUCCGACAUUGACAAGGGCGCCUCGCCCAAAGUGGCCUGGAGCGCAACGCCGGACGCCGCGGGAAAAAGUAAAAAGCCGGCCGCAUCACCGAAGUCGUCGGCCGUGAAAGCCCUCGAGAAGAAGACGGAGACUCUGCCCGAGCGCUUCUUCAGCAGCAACAAGAGCCUGGACAGCUCAGUGGCCUCGUCCGACGGCUCCUCCGCCGGCAAGAGCAAGAAGCGCAGCUCGCUCUUCUCGCCGCGCAAGAAUAAGAAGGAGAAAAAGGCCAAGAACGACGGCAGCAGGCUCUCCGGCGCCGACGAGACGCCGCCCAAGCACAAGUCGCUGUGGAAGGCAGUGUUCUCCGGCUACAAGAAGGACAAGAAGAAGAAGGACGACAAAUCGUGUCCGAGCACGCCGUCCAGCAGCUCCACCACUCAGGACUCUGGCAAGAAGGGAACAUCGCCAACCGGGAAAUCAUCAGAUUUGAAAUCCCGCAGAAACUUGAGCUUCUCCGAGGACUCUGACCUGUCGUGCGACGACGUCCUCGAGCGAUCCUCCCAGAAGUCGAAGGCAGAUCGGCACGCGGACAUCUUUGACCUCGUGUCAGACAUUCAGAAGGAGACGAUAAAGGAGCAGGGGCUGGAGAAGGAGAGGAGGAGGGAGUUAAAGGAAAAAAGGAGGGCGAAAGAGAGGCAGAAAGAGAGAGAGCGGGAGAAAGAGGUUGCUCGAGAAAAGGACAAAGACGACGAGGAGUCGGUUUAUGUUCCUCAUGCGCUGGCGUUCAAGAGAUCGUACGCCACGAAGAAAACCUACACGGAGGAAGAGCUGAACGCCAAGCUGACACGGAGGGUCCAGAAAGCUGCCCGGCGACAAGCCAAGCAGGAGGAGCUCAAGAGGCUGCACAGAGCCCAGAUUAUCCAGAGACAGUUGGAGCAGGUGGAGGAGAAGCAGAGGCAGCUGGAGGAGCGGGGCGUCGCUGUGGAGAAAGCUUUGAGAGGAGAAGCAGGAUUGUAUAAAGGUACUUAUACGUUACCCAAACAGCACAAAAGAAGAUCAGACUAUUGGGGAGAUUCUAAUUACAGUGAAAUCCUGGACUUGCAUCUGGGCGUUGAGCCCUUUGUGGGGAUGCCACGCCAAAGAAGAGCCCUCUCCUUCUGCCCCUGCUGUUCCCCGGAAGGCAUGGGCAAGAAGGACGAUCCCAAACUAAUGCAGGAGUGGUUCAAGCUGGUGCAGGAGAAAAAUGCCCUUGUUCGCUAUGAGUCCGAACUCAUGAUAUUUGCCAGAGAGCUGGAGCUGGAGGACCGACAGAGCCGACUGCAGCAGGAACUCAGGGAGCGGAUGGCUGUGGAAGACCACCUGAAGACGGACAAGGAGCUUGCCCAGGAGAGGCAGAUCCUGAACGAGAUGCUGGAGGUGGUGGAGCAGCGCGACGCCCUGGUGGCCCUCUUGGAGGAGCAGAGGCUCCGGGAGAAGGAGGAGGACAAGGACCUGGAGGGCGUCAUGCUCUCCAAAGGCUUCAACCUCAACUGGGUUUGAGGAGUAACGGGAUUGGCGAUUUCUUAGCGUUUCAAGCGAUCUUCUCCGAUCAGAAUCGUCUGCUGAACAUCAACACACGGGCAGUUGGUCUAAAACUGUCACACCUGCAGCAGUGAAUGUGUAAAGAUUUCCCUAACACACACACUUACGAACACUAUGGCUGCCUCUGACAUUGAAGCAGUCUGCCACGUUUACAUAUCCUCUGCCUAAAGGCAGACCUACUUAUUCACUCUGCAGUUUUUGCUUGCGCUCUCUCUCUCUCUCUCUCUGUGGGUGGAGAGGCACAGAGCACACUCACAACUUUAUCAUCACCGCCUUGAAGUGGAUCCUCUCGAGUGGGCGGGGUGGGGGGAAGCUUUGGGAGAAUGUUUAAAGACUUCAAGUUUCAUUCUCGACUAUCUAAAGGGAAGAGUGCAGUUUGGUCCUGCUGAUGUAAAGCAAUUGUAAAGAAUUGUGCUUUUGUGUAUAGUUGUGUAGAGCAAGUCACAUUUUCAGCGGAGGGAAGGUGUUCCUCUUUUCGGGAAAAAAGGACAGAGACGUGUAUAGAUGCUCGGUCUGACUGCGGGAAGGACAUCCUCUGCUGAAGCUGCCUUUCUAUCCAGUGACAAACUAUUGAAUCCUGAUGAACCACAGACGCAACCCCCCCCCCCAAUCUUCACCUCCACAGAGUGUUUUGUGAGACAAUACAACAAAAGCCAUUCAAUAUGGCCAUGUUUUUAUAUAUUUAUGAUUUGUGUUUGCUUUUAACAGAUCUUUUUUUUUGUUUUAAUUGACAGGAGACCAGAAUCUCAUUAUCUUGCACUUUUGUGCACAACUCCCAUGCAUCCAUCAGCCAUUGCAUGUUAGGAAUGAAGGGCUGUGGGCAGAGAGAAGAUCUUAAACAGUGUCUUUGAUAGCUAGACAUAGAACACAGACUUAUACCAGAUAUGAACAUAUACAGUAAGCACUUCACAUGACUUGAUUGUGAAGGGCCUCUCUGAGAGACGCAUUUCACUGUAUAUCACACACCGUUUACAAAUGCACAUCCAUAUUCAGCGUUGGAUUUGUUUUUUUCCAUUUACCUUACUUUGACGGCAAGUCAAACCAACUGCUGAAAGGAUUCGACUCGUAUAGGAACAGUCUUCAUUUCAGAUUCAAAUGAGCUCCAUGUGCGUUAACACUGUGACGUUAUCAUUAAUUGAUCUGAUUUCACUGUUGUCCAAUGGGGGAGAUCAGUUUGUGCCACAGGACUGUGUCUGUUGUUCGAUAUGCGAUGUCUAAGGAGUGCACAACAGGAACUUACACACUUCAGAACACUUGGAUCAUUACAUGGCUGUGUUAGUUAUUUACACCUUGAACAAGAUGCCUUUUUUUUUUUAAAUUUCACUCUCCAUUUUUAUUUUAUAUUUUUAUUUUUGAGGUAGUCACAUCCGUGCAUCCCACUGGAACUCAAGAUUUCGAUUUUCUUUUCAAAUAGUUUAUUACAGCAGGUCCCCCAAAGCAAACAAAUAGAGGAUUUUAAAUGGGGGGCGCUUAAGGGAUGCGGAGUGCUUUAUGAGCAUCUUGCAUCAGACUAGGAACAUUAUGGUUUAUCUGGAGGGCAGUCAACUCUAAUAGCCUUUGUAAAGAAACCCAGGCGGUCACUGUUUUACGGCACAGAAACACUUAGAGGCUCUAUUUAUGACUCUGUAAAAAAAAAAGUGUUACAUAAUUGUAAGGGUUGUCAUUUUAGAUGGUGUGUGUGUGUGAUAAGUUUGACUUGAUUGUAUUGAUAUUUAUUAACAAUGUGUGCAAACUGUAUUAUAUGUAAAGAAAAUGAAUCCUAAUUUUUAAAAACCGUUCUGAUGACACACGACUCAUAAUGUAAAUGCUUCAUGUAGCUAUAAUGCAUAUAGGGGUGUUGGAUGUAUGCUGAAAAAAACAGCAAUAAAACAAUGCAGUUCUUUUAAA